AUGCCGCUUCGGUACAGGCCGGUGCCUGAUAAGUACUACCCGGUGACGAAGAAGAACAUCAUGACAUGGCCACCUGCUCUGUCCAUGUUCAUUCUAAACUGGGUGUGUGACCUCAUCAAGAAAGGGGUUCGAGUGGACCUUGAAUUCAGAGUGAAGUACCUCAAGGAUGUUGAAGAUUCCGUUCUCAAGUUAUUGUCCCACGCCGUCUCUUCCACAUCCGUCCGGCCGCCGCCUCCGUUCCGCCGCGGAACUCCCUUCAAAACCUCCGUUCAACCAUGGCUGGUGGCGAGUCAUCCGAUUGCCACCAUCGUCCCUACAGGAGACAAUAACAUCUUCCGUCUCCGGGUAAGGCUCUCGCCGCCCAAGGAUGACCCUGCCCGGUGUCUAAGCGCGAGCACGGUCAUUGCUGGAUGCAGAUGCCAUGCGUUUUACUGGCCUGCACGCACGGGCAUUGUCGCGCUCGCUCUCUGUGUCUCGAAUUGCGCCGCUGCCAAGGUGUCCGCACACAUGGUUUUGCUCGACAAGACCGGCACACCGGCGCCUUCCAUCGGGGUAGGGAAAUCCUCGAACGUCGCAAACGGUGGGUUCGUGUUGUCCGCAAGGAGAGACCAUGUCAAGGCCAACUGUUUGGUGGACAACUACUUCGUGGCGCUGUGCUCCGUGGACAUCGGCUGCCGUUCAGUGUCCGGGUUGAUCCCUCCCUGUGCACCUCCAGAUUCAUCAAUGGAGAAUGAGCUCCCUGAUUUAGGUCAUGACCUGGCCAUUAUGUCGGGCAAACAAGAAUUGACUGAUGUUUCCUGUGGCAGAAUACCAGCAUCUACUUAUAGCUGCUGA